AAGAGGGGAAAGCUGAAGGUUCAUCAGAUUCGCUUGUUUUUUUCUCAGACAGUUGAAGUUCAAGUUACUGUCAGAAACAUCAGCCUGGUGGAAACAUUGACUCACCUUUAACCAUGGAUUGGUUUUGUUUCUUAAAAAUGAUAUUCUUCCUUCUGAUAGUGCUGAUCACGAUGGCCAGUGCUGAAGCACAAGAGAGUAAAGAAAUGAGUUUGAAGAGGACAAAAAGAGAGUGGAUCCUUCCUCCUUCCAAGUUGGAGGAGAAUACCAAUUACACCCAUUUGGAAUUCAUUGCUAAGAUUCGCUCUGAUAGAGAUAGACAAACGACGGUUGAGUAUUUCCUUACAGGAGAAGGAGCUGACAAACCACCCUACAACCUUUUUACAGUCGACCACAACACCGGCUUUAUAAGGAUUCAUGACAUUCUGGACCGGGAAAAGUACCCUUGCUACAAUCUAACAGGUAUAGCCAGAUUCAAAGACGGGAGCGAAGCAGAGGAAAACAUCCCACUGGUCGUCACUGUCGUGGACCAAAAUGAUAAUGCUCCUUAUUUUGAGACGCACUAUGGGAAUAUUACCGAGGCUAGCAAAGAAGGAACCCUGGUUAUGAAGGUUGAGGGUAAAGAUGAUGAUGAUCCUAAAACUCCUAAUGCACAGAUUGCAUACAGAAUCAUCAGUCAGGAGCCAAAAGGCAAAGACAUGUUCUAUAUAAAUGAAGACACGGGGGAACUUUUCGUUGGUAAACACUUACUGGACAGAGAGACACAUGACUUCUACAAACUAGUUAUAAAAGGAACGGAUAUGAAAGGUAAAGCAGGGGGGAAAUCGGGCACAGGAACCGUGGAGAUCAAAGUCCUGGACAUCAAUGACAACAUCCCUACUCUGGAAAAAUCUGAGUAUGCUGGCUCAGUGGAUGAAAAUGUUGCUGAUGUAGUUGUGAUGAGAAUCAAAGCGUUGGACAAAGACCUUGAAGGCUCAGACAACUGGCUGGCUGUCUUUACCAUCGCCAAAGGAAACGAGGAUAAUCUCUUUUCUAUUGAGACAGACAAAGAAACCAACGAGGGCAUUCUGAAGCUGAUCAAGGCUGUAGAUUUUGAAGAAGUACAGAAUCUUGAGCUUGGCAUCCUCAUCGAGAAUGUGGCCCCUUUUGUACAAGGUAGUGCAGUACUGAUGGAUGUGGACGUCCAGGUUGGAGAAGGUGGUCCUGUGGCUGCUGGAGCCGGAGCUGGAGCCGGUGCUGGAGUCGGAGCUGGAGUUGGAGUCGGAGCUGGAGCCGGUGUUGGAGUUGGUGUGGAUGCAGGAGUAGAUCUGGGGGUGGAUCUGGGGGUGGAUCUGGGUUUGGAUGUGGACCUUGGUGUGGACUUGGGACUAGAUGCUGACUUGGAAGCUGGCGUAGACGCAGGGGUUAAACCUGGGCCUGGGCCUGGAAUUGGGGUUAAACCUGCUGUCGGGCCUGGUGUCGGGCCUGGUGUUGGGCCUGGUGUCGGUGUUGGACUGAAGCCAGCCCUCAAACCAGGACCAGGAGGUCCAAAAAGCUAUCCGAUUAAAAUAGCAGUGAAAAAUGUUCCAGAGGGUCCAAAAUUUAUGCCUGACACCAAGAAAAUUCCUGUAUCAGAGGACCCCAUGGAUGCACCAGAAGAUGGAGUGCUCACUGUAUUCGCUGCUACAGAUCCAGAUACAAAAAAACCAGCUGAAAAUGUCAACUAUGCUAAAGCCUAUGAUCCAGACAACUGGUUUACUAUUGAUGAAAACACAGCUGAGAUCAAACUCAACAAGGUACCAGACAGAGAGUCCCCCUUCUUAGUCAACGGGACCUAUGUGGCCAAAAUUCUCGCUAUAACCAAAGAUAUGCCAGCGAAGACAGCCACAGGGACAAUAGCCAUACAGGUUGCUGACUCCAAUGACCACUGUCCUUCUCUGACCACUGCACGCACCAGUCUGUGCUCUGAUAAAAAAACUGUGUACGCCACUGCCUUUGAUGAAGACGUCAGUCCCAAUGCAGCGCCAUUCACCUUCCUAAUCAUACCCGAAGGUACAAAAGGAAACUGGGAUGUUGAAACCAUCAAUGAGACAACUGUUGCACUUCAUUCUAGUGAUCCCCUGUGGCCUGGAACAUAUGAGCUGGUACUAGAAGUGAAGGAUGCUCAGGGUUUGAGCUGCCCGAACCAUGAGGUUUUCACUCUGGAUGUGUGUACUUGUGUUGCGAAGGAAGACUGCAGCAAGGUGCUGAAAUCCAGAAGUGAACAGACCUCAUCUGGCUUCACUUCACAUGCGAUUGGCCCACUCAUUGGGGCUGUUUGCUUACUGAUGCUAAUCCCCUUCCUCUUGGUGUUCUGCCAGUGCCAAGCAAAGAAUAAUGUUUUCCCUGACCUGUUUAAAGACAUACCGUUUGACACAAAAGAACAUCUGAUAAACUACCACACUGAAGGUUUAGGUGAAGAUAAGGAGGUUCCGCUCUGUUCUGUUCCCAUUAAGCUGGGAAGUAAGCGGAACACUGAGACAGUACCAAUGAUGGAACUCGGCAACGGGUUCUGUGGAACCACAGAAACACGACACACAUCAAUCUACAAUGAAUUUGGUCAGUUGAUUCAGGAUACCUCCCAAAACCCAAUGGAACCUGACAACAACCCAAAGUUCUCUGAGGAUUUAUAUGUCCGUGGCAGCGACAUGGCAGGAUUUAACACGUACACUUCACUUAUGCAAGAAUCAGAAGCUUAUAUAGAGGACAUCGCUCUUCCUGAUGCUUUCCUUGAUGAUUACUACUCACAGAAAGCACUGUGUACCGAGCCAGGGAAAGAAGGUUUGCUGGCGUUCGAUUACGAAGGCAACCUUUCCUCAGCCGGCUCAGUGGGCUGUUGCAGCUUACUGGAAGCUGAUUCUGACCUGGACUUCCUGACCGACCUCGGACCAAAGUUCAAGACUCUGGCUGAAAUCUGUUCCCCUCCUUCAUUAAAGCCUCAGUUUCCUCUAACCUUUCAAACAUCCAGUGUUGUCAAAACAACAGCUUUGACUGAACCCAUCCUGCCCAAACCAGUUUUCAAGCCUAAAAUUGAGCAAGAUGUUGAGACUAAGCAGGUUGACGUGAAAUCAGAGAAAGUGACAUCAUCCUCAUCAUCAUCUACUCGUGUCGUUAAAUCAUCGUCUGUCAGUUCAGCAGGUCCCAUCUCACCAUCGACCACUCUCCCUCGCUCCAAAGUUAGCAACGUCCGUCGUUCCGCUAGCUUUAAUCAUGCUUCCACGCUCCCCUACCCAACUCAGACCGUCGUCCUACAGCAGCAGCCAAUUUAUUAUGCGGCCAGCCCUAUGAUGCAACCCAUGCACUAUGUAAUCCAACCAAAUCCAUCCAACACAUACCUGCUUGAGGAUGGGUCCAUGGUAGUCAUGAAUGAUCCUCAGGGUAUGUCCAGGUUCAUGAUGAGUGGAACUCAAAGCUCCUUUCCGGGGCUAGUUAUCCAGGGUGCUGAGGGCUCUAUAAGUCCCAAAAGCCCUGGUAGCCCUACAAGUCCACUCAGAACCACCAUGUUGCUGUCUAGUCCAACCGCCCCCCAUGGCGCAGUCUCUUUUGAAGGCUGCAAAAUAAUCGGGCCAAACCAAGCUGGUGCGUAUGUGCUGGUUAAUGAUAAGAGAAAGCCAGGUGAAGGAGAGGACAGGGACCAGGGUUCAUCUGCAGGCACUCUGCCUAGUGAUGUUGUCCUGGAGAAAAAGGCUGCUCCCCCUCAGUGGGUUUUAGGCUCAGCAGCCCAAGAGACAGACUACAGUCACGUCUUAGGUCAUGUUGUUGUUAAAAACAGGAAUAAUAUUUCACAAAACUGGCAUUUAGGUCAAAUAAAUGGGUUGUUGGUGGUGUUCAGAUCUUCUACUAGUCAGCUAAAGCUGCAGAUGAAAUGUGUGGUGACAGUGCAGCUAGGUCUGCAUACAUGUGAUCUCCAUAUGACACAAGGAUUAUUCAUACAUCUUUCAACACAACUCAGUCUUCAUCAGUUUAAAAGUCUGACUAAUAAUGAACAUACUGGUGAAGUGUAUUUUUCUAAAUGUAGCAUUCAAAAUCGAUCAUUCAGAAAAUACCAUUUUAAACAUAAACAUUGUGAAAAUACUUGCAAAGAUAUAUAUGAACUGUCCUUUAUUUAUAAUAAUGUGGGAAAUACUUCAGCAAUAAAUGUUUGGGAUUAUGUUGGUGACAUUUCCCUCAAAAUUAUGAAGGCAAAACGUAUUCUAUACAUAAUAAUAAUAUUUAGGUGUGUUUUUACUAAUGAUUUUUACCUAAUAAGUUUGUCUCUAGUGUGGACAUGGAAGUCAUUUAUCAUACAUCAUUUAGGCAAGUGUUUUAAAAAUCUCUUUUUGUUUCACCAAAAAUUUAGUCUAUGUUUGAACAGAAAAAUCCAAAAGAGUAUUAAAAAAACAAAACAGCUGGACUUCAGUUUCGUUCACUUUUUUUUUAUUUGACAUGUCCUUUAUGACUGAGAAUCUACACCAGCAUGUUUGAACAGGAAGUGUUGUUAGGGCUGUAUUUAGAGUAAUAUUUAAUUGAUCUAACUCCAUGUACAGUUUUCUGCUGAAGCUUUUCAUGCAAAAUGCAGUACAAAUGAUGGACAGUGCAAAUAAACUUAGUACAAAAAAACAGUAAAUUAGUGUUUGGUAAAUUAUUUCUUUUUUGUAACAAUGCUUCUUGACAAUAAAUCUUAUAGUG